CUUCAAUGAUAAUGACAAUACCUGCCGGUCCAUAUACAGGGAUCAUCCUCUACAGUAUCUUCUGUACAUCUGCCACUUCAGCGGGCGCUAUUGUAGGAGGCAUCGUGUCCUUGGUGUUCUACCUGUGGAUGGCAAUCGGUAAUAUUGUUCUCAGUCCCCCCAGUGUGGAGAAAAAACUGGCGCCAGCUCCAAUUGAUAUGUGCUUCGAGAACAGUACUCUGGUAUCUUACAAUACAACUACCGCUGCAUCCACAUCGAGUCCCGCACCUUUGGAAGGCUUCAAUCAGAUCUAUGGCAUGUCUUUCCAGUGGUUUGAUUUCAUUGCUAUAAUCCUCGUCUUUGUUGUUGGGUUGAUUACCAGCAAAAUUGUUGGUGCUCCAAGGGAAGAAGAUGUGGAUGCCAGGUAUGUUCUGUGCUUUACGGAACAAUUUUUCCCUUACCUUCCCAAAAAGGUGAAAUAUGUACUAUCUUGUCGAUCAACAAUUCCAAAGCGAAGAAAACAGAUAAAAGUCGAAGACCGCCGAUAUAAUGUGGAGAUGGUCGGAGGGACAACCGUACUUGAGGAAUAAAAAGGCUAUAAUAAAAACUUCAGAGAAGGCAAUUAAUUGGUUAUUCUUGCUUAUACGCUUUAAAUACAGAACCUACAGAGGAAAAGACCGUAAUACGGGGAUUCCUCUAGGAAUAGUUGUAUCAACAAAGUGAAUAGCUUCCAAGUUCAUUGAAUGCUGGUAUAUUGUUACUGUACUACUGUAUAAGGAAUUUUACAACAUAUAACUUUCAAACUUUCGUGUUACAAUAACAUUUUAAUGGGGAUUUUCGUGCAUUUUUGUGUAACGCUUUUAUACAAAUUGUUUUUACUUCUUUUUUUUUUUUAAUUUGUAGUGUUUGGCUUUUGAAAUCAUAUGCUAUACUAGAGUUAAUUAAA